CGUCGAGGCAAAGUGGUGAAAAUUACCGCCUCAGUAAUUUAUUGAUUGACUGCUACAGGUAUUGGCAGCAUGUUUAUAUGGUGUAGGAUUUAUAUUGUUCUGACCUUGUCCACAAAUUCUAAUAUAGUAUGCAUUUUACUGUUGAUUCCAUGUUUUUUAAUCAAAAUAUGCAGCUGUUAAAUGAUAUUUGUAGCCCUAUCUGGGACUUAUCUAUUCUAAUUGUUAUUAUUAAACACAAUGUUGUUUGCUCCAUUUUAUUGACUCACUUCAGGGUGAACUUAAAACAGAUGCUGCACUUUUUUAUUGCCUAAGAUCAGAUGCACUCCACUGGGAAAGAUACAUCAGUAAUUUAAGUAAUAGACCAUUGACACAACAACUAGUGCUAAGAUGUUCUUCCUUUUUCCCCCAAUUGUUUUGUUUUAAAUCUGGAGUCCAGCAACUCUUUUCUGCCUCUUGUGUGUUUUUCUGUAUUCACAUGUACUCCUGCUUCCACAGACUUUACACUGCAGCUUACAGGAACUCUAUACGUUGUGACUUUUAGGGCCUGAUUUUACCAAAGGUUUGCACGUGCAAAAAUGGGCGAAAACUUAAUUGUGCACAUGAACAGCUGUGGAAGCUGAUCUACCAACUGGGCGCAACCGGAAAUGCGACUGCCAAACGCUCUAAAUUGCCGUACAGUUCAUUUUGCGCGUUGCUGGAGGAGUAUAAGAAAAUAGAAUAAUUUAGCAUGUGCAAUGUGAGUUAUCAAACCUGAGACAAAUUGUGCUGGCUGAUUUUGUAUCUAAAUAUUAGUGCGCCUCCAAGGCAGGAGAAAACCAGCACGCAAAGUGAUGGCAGCGUAGCGCAGGCAAAAGGAGAGGCGGUGGGGAGAACUAUUACGUUUGUGUAAACAUUAAUCAAAUGCCAACAGCUUCUGAAUGAUCUAAGGUCUUGACUUGGGCAAGUCACAAAAAUGAGUUCAGGCACAUCACCCAUGAAAAAACUCAAUUCAACUCUGCAUUUCCAUGCAUGUGGGUCAUUUCAGCACACUGUGGCAAUUGGUCCCUGAGGUUACCAAGUCCCCCAGAGCAGUUUUCAGAGUGUGUUGUCCCAUGUUUUAAACGCAAUGUUAAGCACGUUUGGCACAUACCUGUACAUCCAAUUACGAGCCCCAAAAUUGUCGGCGCAAUCGAUUUCUGUAACACGGUAAUCUGUUGGUUUGCCUCUUCCAGUAACACUUCCAAUUCCAUCACUUCCAAAUUAAUUUUGCACUUGCGGUGCUCUGCCAAAUAGUCCUUGGUGAAAACUACUUGGUGAAACAAAACUGUUGACAGACAUUUUACUGUCAGCAAGUGUUGAAACUUGUCCCAUACUUUUGUUUACACUCUUGUAUGUUCUAAUUUGUUAAAUGAAUUUAAUACUACUGUAUUGUCACAUGUAUCCAAUUGGUCAAGGAAUAAAAGGCUGUGUACCAUUUGAAACAGUUGUUUAAAUAACGGUUAACUUGAAAUACGUUAUGUUAUUCAGUACACUGCAAAAUGCAGUUUUUGCUGACAAGCAAAAACAAAGAGGGGGGGGGAAUUUUGAGAGGGGAAAAUUUUGUUUUCUUUAUGCACAUACCGAAAACACACCAAACCAUGGUCCAGAAACCGAGGUACGGACCUAUACCAUCCCACCCCUAGGGAAAACCAUUAGAGCUUCCUGAAGCGACCACUUUUAAAUACGAUGGUCUCUACCACUUUCACAUCUGUUACCAACAACAUGUGCAAUCUGUUAGUGAAAACAACACACAAUUUAGAGCCUGCUAUUUGGGAUCUUAGAAAAUCAGGCCCUAAGUGCUAUGACAUGGCGACAGUCUGGAAAACUUUUGUGAUGUGUGUCUGCUGCUCCAUUUAGAACCCUGAACUCUCUAACAAUCACAACUCUCCUUCUCAUCCCUCCCACCCUUUCCUCUUUUGGACCCUUCGUGUCCUGUUUUCCCUCAUUUUGACUUCCUAUUGUUUGGCCCCUCCCACUCUGACACCCUUUCCUUCUACUCCCCUCUCUCUUACCGUUUUCCCUGCUGCUCAUGUCGUAGAUAGUGUUGUCGUCCCUGCGCUACGGCAUAGUCUCAGGCUCCUGGGUGGAGCGGGUCCACCUGUGGCGCAUGAAGGGCGUCAUUCAGUGCCUCCCUAUUAUCGCCACCACCUUCUGCUGUCACCCAUGGUGCUGUCUUCAUUCAAACAUGGGCUGCUCAGUGGCCGGUGGCUAGGGCAGGUCAAUGUGGUGCGCUGGGAGGGGGUGUUUCGCUGUCUCCCCAUCUGUGGGAUGGCCUUCGCCUGCCAGUCUCAGGUGCUGCCGACCUACGACAGCCUGGACGAGCCGUCUGUCAAACGCAUGAGCACCAUUUUCACCUCGGCCCUCAACGUCGUCACGGUCUUCUACAUCACUGUGGGCUUCUUUGGCUACGUCAGUUUCACAGAGAACAUUGCAGGCAACGUGCUGAUGAACUUCCCUUCCAACUUGGUGACCGAAGUGAUCCGGGUGGGCUUCAUGAUGUCCGUCGCCGUCGGUUUCCCGAUGAUGAUCUUACCGUGCCGUCAGGCCAUCAACACCAUGCUCUUUGAGCAGCAGCAAAAAGAUGGGACAUUUGCUGCCGGUGGAUACAUGCCUCCUCUGCGCUUCAAGAUGAUCACACUCAGCAUCGUGUUUGGCACCAUGCUGGGAGGCAUCCUCAUCCCCAACGUGGAAACCAUUUUGGGUCUGACUGGAGCCACCAUGGGUAGCCUCAUCUGCUUCAUAUGCCCCGCUCUCAUCUACAGAAAGAUCCAGAAGAGUGGCAUCAUCGCUCAGCUCGUGCUUUGUGUGGGUCUGGGCAUCCUUCUCAUCAGCACCUGCACCACCCUGUCCAUCUCAGCCCAGGACCCCGGCAUCAGAGUCCAAGCUCCUCCUCCUCCAGCACCUGACAAGAGCAACAUGAAACUGCCAGACAGCAUUGUGCUGCACGAGAAUCUUCCAGAUAUGAAACCAGUGGACAUACAACAACCAGACAUCCAAGCAGUGGAUGAGCUGCAACCUGACAAGAGACAGCCAGUCGAACCCCUACAAAUUAAAGGACCAGUGGGACUGCCUGAGAGCAAGAAGGAGGAAGAGGUGCAGUUGGACCGCCCUGAUGCUGGCGUAGCUGUGCCAGAGGGAGAAGCACACCGCCACGAACCACCGAUCCCACAUGACGAGGUCCAGAUAGACACAAGAAAGAACAAUGCAGAGUUGGAGGAGGAAAAGAAAAUAGUGGAGGAAGAACACAAACGAGAUGAAGAGCAAGGUGGAGGUCAGGCUGCUGCUAAAAUAGAGGAGAGUGCAGAAAACGUACUGAAGCCUGCAGUAGUGGUUGUGAAGAAAGAGGAAGUGGACCUGGGUAGAGGUGAAGUCCGGUCCAAUGAGGUGCUUGAGAAGGUGGUGGAAGAAGCAGCAAAGAAUCAAGAAGACAUACCCCUGAAAGAAGUGGAGAAGCUCGAUGCUGUGAAAGACCCACUGGCCGCACGCGCCAAUGAAGCUGUAGUGGCGCAAGCAGAGAAAGUUGACAAAGCUGCUGAGGCUGCUGGGAAACCGCCACCUGCUGCUGAAGAAGCCCUAGCUGCAGACAGCAAAGAUGCUGGAGAUGAGAAGAUGGAUGUGAUAAAAAAGCUGGUUGCAGAAGGCCAGCUGGACCAUGCAGUACUGCUGCAGGUCAUCAAGGAGCAGCAGGAACAACAUAAGAGACUCCUUGACCAGCAGGAGAAGCUUCUGGCAGUCAUAGAAGAGCAGCACAAGGAAAUCCACCAAAAGCAGCCAGGUGACCCCCAGGAGCACGCGGAGGAGGCAGAAGGAGGAGCGGCGAAACCCCGAGACUCAGGCCUGGCCUUAGAUGCGCAGCAGCCUGAAGAGGCAGCGGGCAUCGGGGCUCUGCAAGUGGCCGUCGCCGAUCCUCGUGCUGUGGUGCAAAACGCAGGUCAAGUUGAAGAUAAGGGAGUCAAGGCAGCCAACGUAGCUGCUCCGGCACCUUACAAAGAGAACAAACCGGUUGAGUCACAUCAGCAGAGUGAGCUGGGGGCGAGAGGAGUGCCCCUAAUGAGGAAAAUACCUGAGGGCCAUCACCCAGUAGCUCAAAAUGAACACGCAGCCCAAGUUAGAGAUAAGGAACACAAGCUAGAUGAUGAAAAAGAGAAGAUGGAGAAAGAGGCCCAGGCCAAACUGGAACAGCUUGAGAGGGAGAUGAAGGAAAAGGUGGAGUUGGAGAAGAAGAGAGCAGAAAGAGAAAGAUUAGAAAAAGAACUGGAGAGGGAGGCAGAGGAAAAGCUGGCCACAGAACAGGAGCGGCUGGAGAGAGAGAAGAUUGAGAAAGAAGUGCAGGCUCGGGUGGAAAAGGAACGACUGGAGAGGGAGAGGCGAGAGAAGCUGGAGAAAGAGAAGGCGCUAAAGGAGAAAUUAGCACAGGAGAAGGCCGCCGAGGAGAAGCGCCAGGAGGAAAUUCAAAAAGCAGAAAAUGCUUUGGUUGAGAGGAAAGAAAAGGAGGCGCAGGAGAGGUUAGCUCAGUUGGAGCGAGCCAUAGAAGCCCAAAACGCCGGCAACGCCGCACAGGGAGCUCCGAGAGAAGAUGGCGAAGCUUUGAAGAAAGGAGGACGAGACCUCAAAGAGAAAGUUGCCGCUCAGGCGGACCCGGGAGAGGACGCCGAAGACGGACCCGUCAAAGCCCAGGCUCGCUCUCGGGGCUCCCACGAGAACGCGCGGGACGAGGGAGAGAUGGAUCUAAGACGGAAGCGCAGGGCCCUAGGACGCGGCGAAGACGUUGGCGCUCCGGAGGGGCCUGGGGUGCCCAGGGCCGUGCGUGGGCUGGAGCCCCUGCUGGAGCUGGGGGGGCCCGACCUGCACGUAGCCCUGGAGGAGAAGCUGCUAGCGGGGGCAAUGGUGCACUCACGGCAGAUUAAGCAGACCUCAGAGGAUAAGGAGAUCAAAUAACACACAUCACUCACACUCUCUUUACAGUUCUACCUGGACAGGCUUCAAAUAUAUAGAAGGAGACCAUGACGUUGCCUACAGGUUUGUUACAAAGAAAUACAGUGGUGCCUUGAGAUACGGGUUUAAUUUUUUUCCAUGACCACACUUGACACACAAAACGCGCAUUUCAAAUCAUGUUUACCCAUUAAAAUCAACGGAAAUGCCGUUAAGACACUCUAGCCUCCCACUAAAAAAAAAUUGUUUUUUAAUUUAAAAAAUAUUUGUAAUAUUUAAAAAAUUGUAGUGAUAACUAAAUGAAUGUACAGUAAAUGUCAUUGUAACUGCUGGUGUGUGCAGUUUGGCCACCGGGGUGCAGUCAUGAAGACAAAUGAAGAUGACUGACACCUACUCUAAGUGACUCAGUAAAUUGCAGUAAUAUUACUUAUUUGUAGAAAAUAAAAGGCCUGUAAGUAUUGUCUGUCUAUGUAUGUUGAUGCACCUUUGUGUUCAAAUAUUUUGCUUUAAAGUGUUAUAACGUGACUAUCGAUGCUAUUCAUUAGCCAGCCUACGGUGUUUUGCAUUGCAUGUUAGCAUUAAGAUAGCAGAAGGCAAAGCCUCUCGUGAAUUUUACUCUGCAAACUGCUGCUUGUUAUAAAGUGAAUCGAGUUUAAUUGGUACUUAACAGUCCUCUUCAUUCAUACGGUUCACAUUUUGACAUGAGCCCAAGAUGUCGCUAUCAGGUUCCAACAUAUUUGCAGGGACUGGAAGUGUCACAGAAAGGCACAGAUGUCAACAUUUUGCUUUUUUUUUUUUAAGAGAACAAGUGCAUAAAGUACCAAAAUAAGCAUUUAAAAGUUUAGAGAAGGUCCAAUUAAGUACACCAGCAAUUGCAUUUUAGCAUCAUUCUGAAAUUUCACCCGAAAGCUGUAACUUUUUGUGAGGAGUGUUGUAGUGGCUGUAAAAGUUUAAUCUAAAGUCCUUAUUAAGGAGCAAAGACAUUGUACAUAUUAACUUAUUUUUGCCAUGUGGGGGAGAAUUAUUAGCUUAAAUGUAUAUAAAUCGAUACAAAAGAUACCAUCGAGGGUGGAUUAUAUCUAAUGAAUAUCAUGUGUCACUGUCUAUUUACCUUUGAGGUUCCUGUUUUUUUUUUUUUGUGUGUAAAUACUGUAAAUAUUGAUGUGAUGACAGCUCUAUACUUUUGAUUUCUAAGUCUCGGCUCAACAUUACGCUGGACCUGCCUAUGUGUAUACUUAAAAAAAAAAACUCAUUUAAUGAAGCUAUUUCACCUGCGACUGAAGCUAUUCAUUCUAUUUCCCCUUUGGUUUCUGUGCCUUGUAAUCCAUGUGCAGCUGUGGUCAUGUAAGAAGUAUUUUUGCUGUAGAAGUACAGUAACGUAUUGAACAAGCAUCUGUAUUGUAUCAAAAACGUAGCGCAAACCAUUUUGUCAGCACUUCAGCACAUGCGUUGCUUUUGUACAGAGGUAUUUGACUAUUUUUCUAUUUACACUUUUUGUGUGUAUUCCAAUAAUAAUAAAGGCUCAAUCACAA